ACUUAGGGCAGGAUGAGCGCUGCUUUCCAAGAUGGCGACGGAGGGAGGAGGGAAGGAGAUGAACGAGAUUAAGACCCAAUUCACCACCCGGGAAGGUCUGUACAAGCUGCUGCCGCACUCGGAGUACAGCCGGCCCAACCGGGUGCCCUUCAACUCGCAGGGCUCUAACCCUGUCCGCGUCUCCUUCGUAAACCUCAACGACCAGUCUGGCAACGGCGACCGCCUCUGCUUCAAUGUGGGCCGGGAGCUCUACUUCUAUAUCUACAAGGGGGUCCGCAAGGCUGCUGACUUGAGUAAACCAAUAGAUAAAAGGAUAUACAAAGGAACACAGCCUACUUGUCAUGACUUCAACCACCUAACAGCCACAGCAGAAAGUGUCUCUCUCCUAGUGGGCUUUUCCGCAGGCCAAGUCCAGCUUAUAGACCCAAUCAAAAAAGAAACUAGCAAACUAUUUAAUGAGGAAAGACUAAUAGACAAGUCACGAGUAACCUGUGUCAAAUGGGUUCCUGGUUCGGAAAGCCUUUUCCUAGUAGCCCACUCGAGUGGGAGCAUGUACUUGUAUAAUGUGGAGCACACUUGUGGCACCACAGCCCCCCACUACCAGCUCCUGAAGCAGGGGGAGAGCUUUGCCGUGCACACUUGCAAGAGCAAAUCCACGAGGAACCCUCUCCUCAAAUGGACGGUGGGCGAGGGGGCCCUCAACGAGUUUGCUUUCUCCCCAGAUGGCAAGUUCUUGGCGUGUGUGAGCCAGGACGGCUUCCUGCGGGUGUUCAACUUUGACUCGGUGGAGCUGCACGGCACCAUGAAAAGCUACUUUGGAGGCUUGCUGUGUGUGUGCUGGAGCCCCGACGGCAAGUACAUCGUGGCGGGUGGAGAGGACGACCUGGUGACCGUCUGGUCCUUUGGGGACUGCCGCGUGAUUGCACGGGGCCACGGGCACAAGUCCUGGGUUAGUGUGGUGGCCUUUGACCCCUACACCACCAGCGUGGAAGAGAGCGACCCUAUGGAGUUCAGCGGCAGUGAUGAGGACUUCCAGGACCUUCUUCACUUCGGGAGAGACCGAGCGAACAGCACCCAGUCCCGGCUGUCCAAGCGGAAUUCGACCGAGAGCCGGCCUGUCAGCGUCACGUAUCGGUUCGGCUCCGUGGGCCAGGACACGCAGCUGUGCCUAUGGGACCUCACGGAAGACAUCCUCUUCCCCCACCAGCCCCUCUCGCGCGCGCGGACACACACGAACGUCAUGAACGCCACCAGCCCCCCCGCGGGCAGUGCCGGGAACAGCGUCCCCACGCCCGGCAGCGCCGCACCGCCCCCGCUGCCGCGGUCCAACAGCCUCCCGCACGCCGCCGUCUCCAGCGCCGGCAGCAAGGGCAGCGUGGCGGACGGCGCCAUCGCUGCCGGGGUCAGCAAGUUCGCCACGCUCUCGCUGCACGACCGGAAGGACAGGCACCACGAGAAAGACCACAAGCGGAACCAUAGCAUGGGGCACAUCUCUAGCAAGAGCAGCGACAAACUGAACCUAGUCUCUAAAACCAAAACGGACCCGGCCAAAACUCUGGGGACGCCCCUGUGUCCUCGCAUGGAAGACGUUCCCUUGUUAGAGCCGCUCAUCUGUAAAAAGAUAGCACACGAGAGACUGACCGUGCUAAUCUUUCUUGAAGACUGUAUAGUCACUGCUUGUCAGGAGGGAUUUAUUUGCACAUGGGGAAGGCCUGGUAAAGUGCCGAGUGCCCCGUGGGGAAGGACGUGGCCUGACUUUGCAGCGAGCUGGUGGCCGGUCUGUGCGGACGCUGGGAGGCCGCCCGCCAGCCAGAGCUCCAGGUGGCGGCAGGCGUGCUUCUGCAGCAGCUCUGCAGCAGCGGACUUGUCGGCUUCCUCCUCCGAGUAUCGAGUAUCGAACUGUUCGCAGGCGCUCUGUCAGCGCUGUUGGGACCCCGGAGGCCCCCGGUGCAGAGGGAGCACCGUGAGUGGGCGGGAAGGAGGGGCCAGCUCCUCACCCUGGGCACUGGUACCUCCGUCUCUGGAAGCUUCUCAGCAAGAAUUCCGGGCCUGGACCUGCACGUCCCGCCCAGGGCUCGCCCUCGUCGGGCCCUGGGAUCCCCACUCAGCUGGUGUUCCCUGCCAUCUCUUGAAACAUCUGGGCCUGGAACACGGGGAGGGCGAAGCCUCAGGCCGCUCCCUCCUGGCCGCCUCUCCUCGGGGUGGGCGGCCGGCCCCCCUGGACUCCAGAACCCGCCCGACGGUGUGGCCUCCUGAGAGUGGGGCCCUCGCCCGCCUUUGACUCGGAGCUGCCGGAGUGGGAGAGACAUCAGUUUCUCCGCCCUCGGUGUGACCUGCAGAAGCCAGACACCGUCUCCUCAGCCCUGGAGUAGGUUUUAGGUCCUGAAUUCUAGUAGGUUCACGGAAGUUCACAAAGACACAGGUGCAACAUUUUGAUCUUUUUA